AUUCGGGAUUUAGUGAAGUCGUAAAGGCUUGUAAAUUAAUCAAAAAGAUUCGGUUAGUCCAGUGUACAGAGAUUACGGAUGAAAGUUUAGUUGCAUUAUCUAAAUCGUGUAAAUAUUUAACUCAUUUGGAUUUAAAAGAUUGUACAAAUUUUACUGACAAAGGAAUUUAUGCGCUUUCUAAUCCUACUACUACUCGAAAACUUCGAAUGCUGUUCUUAGAAGGUUUAAAUAUCAAAGAUUCUCUUUUAGCAUUAGCCGAGCACACAACGGUUCUUCAAGGACUUUCUUUAAAGAAAUUGGAAAACUUAAAUGAUGAAAUUAUCUCAAUUUUUGGAAGAAAUUC